AGGCCAGUUGCUGAAUUCACACGGGCGCGCGCACAUAUUCCAUUGAACUUCCUCCUCAGCUGUCAGAGAGUCCACACCAUUACUGGUGGUAGCAAUAUCAUCUUUUUUUAUUUAGGAUAUCAGACGGGGUGUAAUCUGAGAUGGAGGGCCAGCGCUGGUUACCACUGGAAGCUAACCCAGAGGUUAUGAACCAAUUUUUACGGCAGCUUGGCUUGGUACCCACUUGGCAGUUUGGGGAUGUGUAUGGUCUGGAACCCGAAGUUCUCAGUUUGGUGCCAAGGCCUGUGUGCGCUGUACUUUUGCUCUUCCCUAUAACAGAGAAGUAUGAAACAUUUAGACAAGAAGAGGAGGCAAAAAUUAAGGCACAAGGACAAGAGGUGUCCUCGGAUGUCUACUUCAUGAAACAAACCAUCGGCAAUGCUUGUGGUACAAUAGGGCUGAUUCAUGCUGUGGCAAACAAUCAAAGGCAUCUGGAGUUUGAGCCCAAUUCACCGCUUAAGGCAUUUUUACUGCAGUCUGCAAAGAUGAGCCCAGAAGAAAAGGCAACUUUCCUUGAAAAAGAUGAGAGUAUCCGAGUAACACAUGAGUCAAGCGCUCAGGAAGGACAAACAGAGGCUCCAAGUUUAGAUGAAAAAGUGGAUUUGCAUUUUAUUGCCUUUGUAAAUGUUGAGGGACAUUUAUAUGAACUGGAUGGACGUAAACCUUUUCCAAUUGUUCAUGGGAAAACCACAGAGGACACAUUUCUUGAGGAUUCUGCAGAGGUCUGCAAGAAGUUCAUGGCACGUGAUCCCCAGGAGCUCCGCUUCACUGUCGUGGCUCUUUCCAAAGCAUAAAUGUUCUUAUUUUGCCUGAAAGAAAAACUGCCAAUUGUUCGGAAGUGCUGAAUACUUUAAACCUUUAGCAUUUAUACAAUAGAGGUUCAGUUUUGACUGCUUAAAAUUAAAGUUUGUUGAAAGUUUUGACCAGAAGGCAAAUGAGAAGCAAAUUAGAAUUAGCCAAUAUCAAAAAAUGUACAUGCAUAAUUUUGUAUCUGAAAGUUGACACACUCUGACUGAACUACUUUUUUGUGUUCAUUCACUCAAAAGUAUAUGAAAUGUAUUCUCUGUGUUAAUGAUACUAAUUGACCUAAUGGUGUUUUUCUGCCAGAAAAGAAGCCAUUUAAAAUAAAAGUUCUCAUGAUGAAAA